AUGGUUGACACAUCGCUUGACAUGGAAGAUUACUAUUGUAGUGUUUGCCGUGAGAUUUUUGAUAAUCCCGUUUCAUUACCAUGUUCACAUUCAUUUUGUAAAAAAUGUUGUUCUAUGUUGAAAGAUUCAUCAUCAUUAACACCAGCAGCAGCAAAUCAUGAACAAUAUCGUUGCGCUAUUUGUCGUGAAGUCGCUUCGUCAUUUCAUUGUAACCGUGAAUUAGAUGAAAGACUUUCAACAGUAGAAGUACCUUGUCAAUAUUGUUCAAAAUUCUUCAUACUCAAAGAAUUACAAAAGCAUAUGGAAACAUGUACAGCACGCAAUGAUUCUAAGCCACCAUCAAGACCAAUCGUUCAUUUAUCCAAAUCUUUAUCCGAAAAUCAACAAAAAGCACUUGAACAAGCUCAAGCUGGUGAAAAUCGUUCAACGUUUACAUGUCCAUUUUGCCCGACAUUAAAUUUAACAUGCACAGAUCUUAGUCAGCAUAUUAAAAACCAUCAUAUACAUGAAGAUCAACGACGAGUAUAUACAUUUGUCAAUUAUACACAAGACGAACAACAAAUGAUGGAUGAUGCUAUUCAAGCAUCACUAAAAGAAUAUGCUUCACAUCAAAACUGA